CAGCUCGCUCCGAACACGCCUUAGUCAAUUGUAGGGACAUAGUGUUAGUAAAAUAAUACCGUCUGUGAUGAUUUAACAAAGACUUUGAAAAAAAAAUAGUGUGAUAUAAGAACCAUUCGCAAUGAUGUGGUUAGUGCUGAGUGCAGUUCUAGUGGCGGUGAACUCCAGAAGUUUAACGAGCAUCGAAUCGGCACCCAAAGGCUGCGAGUGGCGGAUGCAACCGUUAGAAGGCAACGAAAGUGGCGAGGAGCCCGUAUUGUACUGUCAGAUUAGGACAAUCAACAGCGCCGAACCUCUAAUAGGCAACCUGACGCAGACACAGGCCGACCGUGUGACAGUGCUGAUGCUGGAAUGCAGCGACGUGUUAUUUUUUGAGAGCUCCCUAGAAUCCGGCAGACAAAGCAGUUUCCUGUCGGCGCUGAAACGGCUGAAGGAAUUAAAAGUGGAGAACUGCAAGAUUCGCAAUAUCCCGGCGGCCGCCCUGUCACCCCUCAGACAACUGCGGCGUUUGUCUCUACGCUCGCACAACUCCGAAUGGUCCGCGAUGACUCUGGAGUUGCAUUCUGAAAGUUUUCGCGGUAUGGGAGAACUCCGCAGUCUCGAUCUGGCUGAUAACAACAUAUGGAGUACGCCUCCGGACUUGUUCUGUCCUCUCUACAGUUUAACUCAUCUGAAUCUAACUCGGAAUAAACUUCAGAAUGUCUCUGCGCUGGGUUUCUCCGAUUGGGGUAGUGGACCACUGUCCCCAGGCCGCGUAUGUGUCAACGGCCUCGAAGUGCUGGAUGUUUCUCAUAACGACAUCAUAUCACUCCCCGAUAACGGAUUCUCCUCAUUAAGAUCGCUGGAAGAGCUUCAUUUAGAAAACAACGCCAUAUCCAUAUUAGGCGAUCGCUCUUUGGUAGGACUCUCAGCAUUAACCACCAUAAAUAUGUCGAGCAACUGUCUGGUAGCCCUGCCGCCCGAAUUAUUCCUCUCCUCAAGGCAGCUUCGCCACAUUUAUUUGCAUAACAACUCCCUCAGUGUGCUCGCCCCGGGGCUUUUAGAGGGUCUGGAUCAACUUCAAUCCCUGGACUUGUCCCACAACGAGUUAACUAGCCGGUGGGUCAACAGGGAUACUUUCUCCGGUCUGGUGAGGUUGGUAAUUCUGAACUUGGCAAACAACCAACUUACCCGCAUCGAUUCCACUCUUUUCCACGACCUCUACACCCUGCAGAUUCUCAAUCUCGAGCGCAACAGUAUAAACGUCAUCGCAGAGAGUGCCUUUGCUGAACUGAAAAAUUUGCACGCACUGACUCUGACGCAUAAUAAAAUUUCCCGCAUUGAAUCGUACCAUUUUUCAGGAAUGUACGCUUUAAAUCAACUCCUUCUUGACUCUAAUGAAAUAGAAUAUAUUCAUCCCAAAACGUUCGAGAACGUGACGAAUUUACAAGACCUGGGACUGAAUGGGAACAUGUUAGGCGGCGUACCGGUGGGAAUAGGCCAACUGAGAUUUUUAAAGACCCUGGAUUUGGGUAAGAACCAUAUCGAAUCAGUUACGAAUUCAUCGUUUGAGGGACUAGACCUUCUCUACGGCCUACGAUUAGUGGACAAUCACAUCGUAAAUAUUUCUAGAGACGCAUUCUCCACGCUCCCCUCACUGCAGGUAUUGAACUUGGCUUCUAAUAAAAUUAAGUACGUGGAGCAGAGCGCUUUUUCAAGCAACCCGACCCUCAAGGCUAUCCGACUGGAUGCUAACGAACUGACUGACAUAAGUGGUGUAUUUACCAAUCUGCAAAGUUUGGUCUGGUUAAACGUUUCUUCAAACAAAUUACUCUGGUUCGACUUUAGCCAUCUGCCCGCCAGCUUGGAAUGGCUGGACAUGCACGACAACCAAGUGCCCGAACUAGGAAACUACUAUGAUGUAAGAAACACUUUAAAAAUUAAAAUGUUGGAUGUAAGUUAUAACCUAAUAACAGAAAUUAAAGAAAACUCUGUACCAAACAGCGUGGCCACUUUAUUUUUAAAUAACAAUAGGAUCGUAAAGGUGCAUCCCAACACGUUCCACAACAAAUUGCACCUGGAAAAAGUAGUUUUAUAUGGCAACGAGAUAACGUAUUUGGAUAUCGCAUCUUUGAGCCUGAGCCCGGUGACGAACGAUAAAGAUCUACCGCAAUUUUACAUAGGAGGCAAUCCGUUUUAUUGUGACUGCAAAAUGGAAUGGCUUCUCAGAAUCAAUCACCUGAGUAAUUUGAGACAGUACCCGCAAGUGUUGGAUUUGGACGCCGUUACCUGCGAGCUGGCGCAUUCCAGGGGCGCUCCGCCUCAGCCCCUUUUAAGUCUAAAGCCGUCAAAUUUCUUGUGCCCCUACGAAACUCACUGCUUCGCUCUGUGCCACUGUUGCGACUUCGAUGCUUGCGACUGCGAAAUGACAUGUCCCGACAGAUGCACGUGCUAUCACGAUCACACGUGGUCUUCUAAUGUGGUCGAUUGCAGCAAUGCGGGCUACACGAACGUGCCUGAGAAAAUACCGAUGGAUGCCACUGAAAUCUACCUGGACGGCAAUAACUUGGGCGAGCUCGGCAGUCACGUAUUCAUCGGCAAGAAAAAACUAGAGGUAUUGUUUUUGAACAACAGCAAUGUCAAAGCGUUGCACAACAGAACAUUCAAUGGUGUCAAGUCUCUCAAAGUGUUACACAUGGAAAAUAAUAAAUUAGAAGAACUGCGCGGUUUCGAGUUCGAUCAGCUGGAAAAUAUUAACGAACUGUAUUUAGAUCAUAACGAAAUCGAGUAUGUGAGCAAUAAGACUUUUAAGAACAUGCAUAAAUUAGAAGUGUUAAAGUUGGACGACAAUAAAAUCGUGGACUUUACUCCGUGGCAGCUGGCGGGGAACGCGGAAUCGGGCCCCCUGCCGCGCGUGACUCUCGACGGCAACAAGUGGUCGUGCGACUGCAAUUCCCUCGGUCGUCUCCUGGCCUGGAUCCGCGAGACGGGAGACGAUCCUUCCAAGCUGUAUUGCGCGGAUCACAAGGACUCUGAAACCGUCGCCGACGUGAUGCACCGCUGCGAGGACCUGGACAACGCGAUCGCGACGUCCGUCGUCCAACGCGAAGUGAUAAAAAAUAACCAGCUGCUCGGCGGUAGCUACGUGCCCCUGCUUGCCGCCACCCUCGUGGCCGUCAUCGUGGUGUGCUUGAUCGUAGCAGUAAUGUUCAUUUUCCGCCAGGAAGUCCGUCUCUGGGCCCACUCUAAGUAUGGAGUGCGAAUUUUUCAAGACGCCGCCUCCGCCCACGACAGCGACGACCGCGACAGGCUGUACGACUGCUACAUGGUGUACAGUCACAAAGACGAAGACCUCGCGGCCAGAGUAAUCGCCCCCGAACUGGAACAAUUCGGACACACGCUCUGCCUACACUACAGGGACCUCCACCUGAUGGGCGGUGCGUCGUAUCUCGCUGACGCAAUGGUGGGCGCUGCCGACGCUUCCAAGCGCAUCGUCUUCGUUGUGUCCCCAGGUCUGAUAUGCAACGAGUGGGCCCGGCCUGAGUUCAGAGCAGCGUUACAGGCCGCGCUCCGAACCACCUUCAGGCACAAGUUGGUGUGCGUGUUGAGCGGCGACCCCUUGGAGCCGAUGGACCCCGAACUGAGGGCACUUCUGCGUGCCUGCACCGUGACCAGAUGGGGGGAGCGCCGCUUCUGGGAGAAGCUGCGCUACGCCAUGCCGGAUGUCAUAAAUAACCAGACAACGAGACGGGGCAAGAAGCAGGCGGAGAUCCGGUGCAAGACCAGCGCCAGAUAUACGGCGGCGCCGACGACCCACGAUUCUUGGUACAAGUACCAGGCGAUGCCGGGGGUGCACACCGCCACCCUGACCCCCACCCCCACGCAGAGCACGUACGUAUCGGGGGAGUCGGCCAGGAGCACCGAAGACGAGGCCGGCUCCAGCGCCAGCAGCCAGCACUACGGGUCCGAACAGAUGAACCACAGCUACGUUUCGAUCGACGGGAGGCCUCCUCAGUACACCCAGUUUCCGCCUUGCAGGGCGGAGGUGCCCCACCACGUGUACUCGACCAUCCCGGACGCGCAACCCCAGUCUAGGACUUACUUCGUUUAACUUAAUGUGAGAUGAUAUUAAAUGAAAAAUAAAGGCUGUUUUUACUUAUAAUAUCGCAUACUUGAUAUAUAUAGCAUUUUCGAAUGUCACUAGUUUUUAAUUACUGUGUAAUAAUUAAAUUAUUGUGUAUAUUUUGUAAAUAUUAUGAAAAGAAUAUUUAUUUGUAUCGUACGGAUAGUAAUUAAUACUGAACGCUUAUUAGUCAUUAAUUUAAGUACUGUGUAUAUAAAUAUUUUAUUCCUUUUCAU